AGGGUGGGAGUGGACACAGGCCGCAUAGCCAGGGCUUGGGCCUGGAGCACUCCGACCUCUGCCCGCAUGUCACCAGGCAAAACAAGUCCAAAGGCAACAAGCAGGGACAGUCGGCCCCGAUGCGGCCGUGACAAACAUAGAUGCAGGCGUGUGAAUGCGAAGGUCAGGGCCAGCAGCCUCAGAUUGAACUUGUGCAAGAAACGGGCACAAGGCCAAUCUAAGCUGUUUCUUAGAAUGAAAACUGAACAAACCGUUGGAUGGAGCAUCCUCAGGUGCUGUGCAGGAGCUGUCAUUGUUUUAUUUACUUUUUCUUAGUUAAAUACAUACAAGCUUCCACUUUCCCGUUUAGCAUUGUUUUUAGACACCGUUAUCCGUGGUUAUUAAAACUGAUCCGGCUGCCUCCUGCCCUGGCCGCCUUCCUCAGGCAGCGUUGCCGACGCUGCUUGGUUGAAUCAAUUGUUGUCACUUCAGGUGCUGUCUCGGAUGCCGGGUUCCCACUUGCCUUGAUUAAAGUAGAAACAGCCCAUGGCUUGGAUGGCUUACAUUUCAAAUUGGUUUGAGCAAGAUGAUUGGUAUGAAGGACUGCAAAGAGCAAACAUGUCCCGGGUGAGGCAAGUGGGGCUGCUGGCCGCUGGAUGUCAGCCGUGGAACAAGGACAUGUGUGCUGCCAGCGGGGACAGGUUUGCCUAUUGUGCCACGCUGGCCAUCUACAUUUACCAGUUGGAUCGCCGCUAUAAUGAAUUUAAGCUCCACGCAAUCAUGUCUGAACACAAAAGGACAAUCACAGCUAUCUCUUGGUGUCCACAUAACCCCGACCUGUUUGCCAGCGGCAGUGCCGAUAACUUGGUGAUCGUUUGGAACGUCGCAGAGCAAAAAGUCAUUGCUAAGCUCAACAACACAAAAGGGAUACCCGCCUCUCUCGGCUGGUGCUGGCACGCGGGCGAUGUUGUGGCGUUUGCUCCCUGCAAGGGCCCGCUGUUCAUCUGGACCAUCUCGGGACCUGACAGCGGGGUGAUGGUGCACAGGGAGGCCCACAGCUUCCUGUCGGACAUCAGCACGUUCAGGUGGCACCCCCAGAAAAAGGGGAAGGUCGUGUUCGGCCACAUGGAUGGGAGCCUAUCAAUUUUCCAACCAGGUAACAAGAGUCAGAGGCAUAUUUUGAGGCCUGACUCCCUGGAAGGGACAGACGAAGAGGACCCCGUCUCGGCCCUGGAGUGGGACCCGCUGUCCGCCGAUUACCUCCUCGUAGCCAACGUGCACCACGGGAUCCGGCUGGUGGACUCGGAGGCGCUUCACAGCAUAACCACCUUCACCUUCCCCAGUGCGGCGGCCUGUGUGCGCUGCGUAGCCUGGGUCCCCAGUGCCCCGGGCAUGUUCAUAACUGGAGAUUCUCAAGUAGGCGUUCUGCGCAUUUGGAAUGUUUCGAGAACAACACCUAUUGAUAAUUUUAAAUUGAAGAAAACGGGAUUUCACUGCUUACAUGUACUUAGUUCUCCCCCCCAAAAGAAAUUUUCAGUCCGGCCUCCAGCCCCAAACCACUACAUGUCCUCCACGAGUGAGGCGGUGCCCCCGCCGGCGCUGUCGCAGAGCCGGGCUUUCUCGCUCCCUCCCGGGCACGCCCUGUGCUGCUUCCUGGACGGAGGCGUGGGACUCUACGACCUGGGCGCCAGGAAGUGGGACUUUCUCAGGGACAUGGGACAUGUGGAGACGAUCUUUGACUGCAAAUUCAAGCCUGACGACCCCAAUCUCCUAGCAACAGCCUCUUUCGAUGGCACAAUAAAGGUCUGGGAUGUGAACACACUGACCGCAGUGCACACGUCCCCGGGGAAUGAAGGGGUCAUUUAUUCCCUUUCCUGGGCUCCAGGUGACCUGGACUGCAUCGCCGGGGCGACGUCCCAGAAGGGCGCCUUCAUCUGGGACGUGGGGAAGGGGAAAGUGGUGCAGCGCUUCAGCGAGCACGGAAAAAAUGGAAUAUUCUGCGUUGCCUGGAGUCACAAAGAUUCCAAAAGACUAGCAACCUGCGGCGAGGACGGCUUCUGUAUCAUCCGCACCGUUGAUGGCAAAGUGCUGCACAGGUACAAACACCCUGCUGCCGUGUUUGGCUGUGAUUGGAGCCAGAACAACAAAGACAUGAUAGCCACUGGCUGUGAAGACAGAAGCAUCCGCGUCUACUACGUGGCCACCAGCUCGGAUCAGCCCCUGAAAGUGUUCAGUGGGCACACGGCCAAGGUCUUCCACGUGAAGUGGUCCCCGCUGAGGGAGGGGAUUCUCUGCAGUGGCUCUGAUGAUGGGGCUGUUCGGAUCUGGGAUUACACUCAGGAUGCCUGCGUGAGGGUGCUCAGCGGGCACUCGGGCCCCGUGCGGGGCCUGCUGUGGAACCCCGAGCUCCCGUACCUGCUGGUGUCUGGCAGCUGGGACUACACCGUGAAGGUGUGGGACACGCGAGAAGGGACCUGCCUGGACACCGUGUGCGAUCACUGUGCAGACGUCUACGGUCUAACCUGCCACCCGAGCCGCCCCUUCACCAUGGCCUCCUGCUCGCGGGACUCCACAGUGAGGCUCUGGUCACUGGCGCCGUUAACCUCCCCUUUACACAUAAGCAUCCUGGCGGACAGACCCUGGAAGGAGAUCAUCGGCAACACUGACUACGCGGUGCUGCCGGGCGCCCCCCCCAUCCUGUGUGGCAAAGUGUCCAGAGACAUCAAGCAGGAAAUAGAGAAGCUAGCCGGCGACCCGCGAGCCAAGAAGCUCAGGUGGUUUUCAGAGUGUUUCUCACCUCCAGGUGGCAGUGACAAUCUGUGGAACUUGGUGGCUGUGAUCAAAGGGCAGGACGACAGCUUGCUUCCCCAGGACUACUGCAGAGGAAUAAUGCACCUGAAGCAUCUGGUUAAGUUUAGGACGUCUGAAGCCCAAGAGCUGACAACGGUCAAGAUGUCCAAGUUCGGCGGUGGCAUCGGUGCUCCGACCAAGGAGGAAAGACUGAAGGAGGCCGCGGAGAUACACCUGCGACUGGGACAGAUUCAGAGAUACUGUGAGCUGAUGGUUGAACUUGGGGAGUGGGACAAGGCCUUGUCAGUCGCACCUGGGGUGUCUGUGAAAUACUGGAGGAAGCUGAUGCAGAGGCGAGCCGACCAGUUAAUUCGGGAAGGUAAUGAUGAUGUCAUUCCCUACUGCAUAGCCACCGGCGACGUGGAGAAGCUCCUCCGUUUCUUCAUGGCCCGGGGUCAGCUCAAAGAAGCCCUGCUGGUCGCCCAGGCCGCUUGCGAGGGAAACAUGCAAACCUUCCAGGCUCCUGCGCCUAAAGGACCUUCCCGCUGUGACGAUGUCCGCAAGGGGGACUUUCACAAGCUCCUGCACACGGUGAGCGAGGAGCUGGCAGAGUGGCACUUUCAGGACGGCCGGGCAGUGCUGGCCGCGUGCUGCCACCUGGCCGCAGACGACGUCGAGCUGGCGAUGGCGGCCCUGGUCCGCGGGAACGAGCUGGAGCUGGCGGUCUGCGUGGGCACAGUCCUGGGAGGCUCGGCCGCACGGGCCACUCACUACGCCCUGGAACUGCUGGCGAGAAAAUGCAUGACCAUCCCAAUGUGGAAUCUGGCUGCCGAUCUUCUCCUGAUGAUCCCCGAUAAUGAGCUGCAGUUGGUGAAGCUCUGUGCUUUCUACCCAGGCUGUGCGGAGGAGAUGAACGAUCUUCAUGGGAAGUGCAAGCUGCCCACCACGGAAGAAUGUCUGCAGUUAGCUGAGACGGCACAUGCAGAGGGCAACGUGCUUGACACCGUCAAGUAUUACUUGUUAAGUCAGGAACCUGAAAAAGCCCUUCCCGUUGGUAUUGACUUCGUCAAAGAACACAUCAGUAGUUCAAAUUGGACUUUGGAUGCCUUUUAUCCUGUUCUUGACCUGCUGAGUUACAUUCCUACUGAAAAAUUACUCCUGCAUACGUGUACCGAAGCGCGGAACGAGCUGCUCAUCUUGUGUGGCUAUGUGGGCGCCUUGCUGGCCAUCAGGAGGCGGUACGAGAGCAUCGUCCCGGCGCUCUACGAGUACACCAGCCAGCUGCUCAAGCGCCGGGAGGUGGCCGUGCCUCUGACCAUCCCACGCCUCUCUGAGGAGCUGGACGCCUGGAGAGCGUGCGCGCGGCCCACCCCCCGGUUGUUGGGAGACCCUCCACACACGCCCCCGUCGGAGUCGCAGAGGCUGGUCUACGCAGCUCUGCUACGGAGACUGGGGGAGGAGCCGCUCCGAGGAAUCGUGGGGCCCGACUGCGUGACCGGGUCCCGCCUGCCCAGUCACUCCGACGCUCACAUCUCUUGUCUCACAGGGUUGAAAAUCCAGGGCCCCGCGUUUUUCCUGGAAGACGGGAAAUCCGCCAUCUCCCAGAACGAUGCUCUGAUGUGGGCCAAGGUGAACCCCUUCUCGCCGCUGGGGACCGGGAUUCGGCUCAGCCCCUUCUGACAGAGGCUGCUCUCCGGCCUGACGGGUUUGGAAGACCCUUUACCGGGUCACUGGAGGUGUGAAGGGCUGAGCUGACCAUCAGGACUAUUACCCUACCUGGAAACCUAGAAAAUCACUCCACUGGAUGGUUCAGAAGGAAGAGUCUCCACUUCUAGGAAACAACUACGAUAAACCCCAUGAUCAGUACGGAGGAGAAACAGGGCUUGCUCAUGACCUGAACAACCUGCCACAGAGGCCUCUGUGGCCGUGAUAAGCAUUCUGCCCAUUGACCGACAGGGUCCUUUCCUGUGGAGGCUGCUGGAGCUCCCGGGAAAGUUCGUUGCUUCCUUCUGACAAGGAGGCCUCGUGAGCUAAUGGCCUUCCCGAGAUUUGCCUCCGCGUUGGCUUCUGGGACACACUCAUCCUCCAGGAGUCCUUGCAGGUGCCUCCUGUGACCAUACCUGCUGUCCUCAUUUAUUUAUUCACCAUGAACUGAAGCUCACAGACCAUUUCACUUUCACAGCCCUCCACAGGUCCCACACAGGCCCUGGGGACUUGCCACAGGCCCUGAGGGAUCGGCUUUCUCAGGAGAUUGAACACAGUCAAGAGGACAAACAAACAGAUUUGACUAUAUCCAGGUCUAGUUCUUUCCCCAGCUGACUUGUUCCUAAAAUCCCUUCCUAAGGAACUACAUUUUAUGGGUUAAAUAUGAUCCCCACAAUCUUCUAAUUGAGAUUUGUCCCAUCAGAGUGCAAGGCAGCAGGUGAAGAACCCAUAGCUGGGAAAGACGUGCAUUUGGACUAAAUCCUUGACCUCAGAUAAAACCAGAUUCUAAACACCUCCCUGAGAAGUCAUCUAUUUCAUCCGCUGUUUUUAACUCCUUUUACUAAAUAUGCUUUACCCAAAAAUGUAAUCUUAAACAAGGAAGUCUCUGGAGGUGGAAAUUCUAGUGAAACUGUACCAGCCUUUAGAAAUGCAGAAAAAGGGAUAGUUUAGCUGGAAACUGAGCGGCAUACCAUGGGAUUCGCCACCAGUCAAGGUCAUCUUGGAGGGCACAGGGGACUGUGGAUGAGAUGGCAUAAAAAAGGGCAAUUCAGUGGAAGGAAGUUCCAAAUAUGAACGUAAAAUUACCAAAGUAUAGGAAAGAUCAUCAGCCUUUCAGGAUAUCAGCCUGCUUCUGUUUCCCUUCAAUAGAAGUCUGAGGGAUGGCAGCAACCAGUAGGAAUAUUGAGAUUGAGGUAAAUGGAUUGCGAAACACCAGAACCAGUUUCUAAGUAAAGCAUUUUCCUUUCCACAAUUUGGUAUCAACAGGAAGGAUGCCCGUUUUUAAAAGUUUACCGCUAUUUAUGGAAGUGGGUAAGAUUGUCUGUGGGCCAACGUAUAAGAAAAAUCACUCAGAAUAACUUACUUUAUUUAUAGAUGUGACGUGUAAAUAGUAUCAAGCAAGCUAGUAACUCUUUUCAUUUCUUAUGAGGAAAAUACUGCGCAGUAGGUUCACUGUUCCUGCCAAGUCUAUGAGAGAGAACUCCAGCUCGUCAUGGUGAAUUCUGGUGAACUGUACUUUAAAAUUAUUUGUGCUCAUUUGGUACUAAUUAACUUGACUGUGUUUUCAACAGUACAUGGCACAGCUGUUUUUAAUAAAUGGUUGUUGACUGCAAUUGAAAAAAAACACAUGUUCUUCAGCCCAGUUAUGGAAAAGACACCACUUUAAUUUGCUUAUCAUUGAACAAUAGGCCAGAGCAGGUGAUUCUGUCCCUUUAACGUGGCAAGAGGUGGUGGCCUCCCUUCUUCAGACCCCACAGGUGCUUUUUACAAUUCCUUUUCCUGAUUGGUGACAGGCUCCAGCUCAGAUUCAGAGGAAGGGCUUCUAGGUUGCUUCACAUAGAUUGUUUUAACUGAAUUGCAGAUGUUGCCUAUAUUUGCUGGAAUAUUUAAAUAAAAUUAAAGUUAAUUGUGGUUAUUAA